UUACGCAUUGCACCGCGUCCGCGCGCUGCUGAAAUCGUCACAAGCCACGGGAUGCGCUACUCGACGGCGGGGCGCGCGCUGCUGCCGCCGCCGCUGCUGCUGCUGUUUUUGUGCGCGAGCUGUAGGCUCGCGGCGGCAGACUGGGAGCUGACCAUUCUGCACACCAACGACGUGCACGCCCGCGUCGAGGAGACCAACAAGGACUCGGGGAAGUGCACGAAAGGAGACUGUUACGCCGGCGUCGCGCGACGCUUCACCAAAAUCCAAGAGAUCCGAAGCAGCGAGAAGAACGUGCUCCUGCUGGACGCCGGGGAUCAGUUCCAGGGCACCGUGUGGUUCAACUACUAUAAAGGCGACGAGGCGUCGUACUUCAUGAAUAAACUCGGCUAUGACGCCAUGGCUCUAGGAAACCAUGAGUUUGACAAUGGAGUGGAUGGACUCAAGCCCUUCUUAAAGAAUGUGACCUGCCCCGUGCUCAGCGCAAACAUCAAGGCUGUUGAUCCUGUUGCCUCACAGAUCAGCGGAUUAUAUUUACCUUAUAAAAUUCUAAAGGUUGGCACUGAGACUGUCGGUAUUGUGGGAUACACAUCCAUGGAGACGCCAGCUCUGUCACUGCCAGGGCCGUACCUGCGGUUUGAAGAGGAGGUCAGUGCCUUGCAGAACGAGGUAAACAAACUCACCACUCUGGGCGUUAAAAAGAUCAUCGCUCUCGGCCAUUCCGGAUUUGACACGGACAAAGAGAUCGCUAAAAAGGUCAAGGGUGUGGACGUGGUGAUCGGAGGACACACCAACACUUUUUUAUACACAGGGGUUCCCCCUUCCACCGAGGUUCCAGCAGGACCCUACCCUCUAAUGGUAACAUCCGAAGAUGGCCGCCAGGUGCCAGUGGUCCAAGCCUACGCUUUUGGGAAAUACCUGGGCUACCUCAAAGUGACUUUUGAUUCUAACGGAAACGUUGUAAAAGCUACAGGAAAUCCAAUCCUGCUGAAUAGCAGCAUAACUGAAGAUCCCACCAUUAAGGCAGAUGUUGACACCUGGAAGCUCAAACUGGCCAAUUACUCGGCUCAGUACGUGGGGAAGACUCUGGUCUAUCUUAACGGGACGUUUGAAGAGUGUCGAUUUCGCGAAUGCAACCUGGGAAACUUGAUCUGUGACGCCAUGGUACAUCACAACAUCAAAUAUCCAGAUGAACUCCAGUGGAACCAUGUUAGUGCCUGUAUUUUAAACGGAGGGGGAAUACGAAGUCCCAUUGAUGAACGAAGCAGAAACGGUAGCAUCACCAUGGAGGAUGUGAUCUCCGUGCUGCCAUUCGGAGGAACGUUUGAUCUGGUUCAGCUGAACGGCUCGACGCUGAAGAAGGCCUUCGAGCACAGCGUACGCAGAUAUGGAGGAAACACCGGGGAGUUCCUGCAGGUCUCAGGUUUUCAGAUAGAGUAUGACCUGAGUAAGCCGUCUGGAGAGCGAUUGGUGAAGGCAAGCGUGUUGUGUACAGAGUGUCGAGUGCCGCACUACGAGCCCCUGGACCCUAAAAAAGUCUACAGGGUGGUCAUGCCGUCGUAUCUAGUGGACGGAGGAGACGGAUUCUCCAUGAUCAAGGAGGAGAAGCUGAAACAUGACAGCGGUGACCUCGACAUGUCUGUGUUUGCCGCCUACAUCAAAGAGAGGCAGAGGGUCCAUCCAUCCGUAGAGGGACGAAUCCGUUUCUUGAAUUCUGCAGCUGGAAUCUCGAACCGCUCGACUACCUUACUCCUCCUCUUCCUGCUCUGGGUCUCCAGGUUGAGCUUGUGAGCUCGGGUCCAGUACGCCUGCUGUGUCUCAGUGGUAUAGAGUCUCGGCUGUUUUUACGGUUUCAUCACUGAGUAGAUUGUAAUAUGUUAUAGAUAAGAUUUGCUAGACAAUUUUUUUUGGUCUUGUUUACUAAGGAAAAAACGUUUGUCUAAUAGUUUGAAUAAUGUUUUUAAUUGGCAUCCGAUUUUUUCAGGAACGUUACGAGUUAUCAUCAGUGUAGAAAAUCACAUUAAAGCCGUAAUUAUCAUCGAAAUGGUGGGAAUAAAAAAAAAUCAGGAAUUUUAAUCUAGUUUAUUUAUUAAAAAGAAGAAAUUAGCUGUAAGUUCAAUGCAAUAAUAAUAAUAAUAUAGGAGUUGAUUAUACUUUGCCUUCCUGUUUUAAAGACCAUUUUUCCUUCAUGUGCUUUGUUUUAAAUCCUAACAUCAACUACACAAUAAUCUGAUUUCUCCUGCCAUGAUUUCACCUUAAAGAAGAAAUGGAUCUAGGAAAAUAUUUUUCAAAAUAUUCAGGUCUUCAGCGUUUUUUCCGAAUGCAAAAACGUAAAUUUCUUCAGGAUGCAAUGUAAAAAAAAAGGUUCACCUGCUCCUCACCCGCAUCCCAGAAUCGGGAGUCAGCCGGGAGGGAAGCUGAGUGACGUCAGAAAUCAUUGUAAUUCAGUAAAACGCGGUUCUCAGGAAGUCCGAACAAAAGGAGGCUUUGUGGCUGUUUGCACUGAAUUGACCUUGCUGCUUUUUUUUUGGUUUUUCCCGGGUGUGUGUAGGUGCAUUUGUGGACCUAAAACAGCUCCACAGCACCAGCUUUUUAGCAUUCAGUCUACAGGCUUUACUUUGUUCUUCCUGUAACUGUAAGGCUGCACUGUCUGUAACACAUCUCUGCCAUGUCAUUUGCAUUGGAAAUGAAAGAGAUGAAGAAUAAGUCCCUUUUCCUUAGAGCACAGCUGUGUGCACGAUAGUGGCAUUUUAGUAUGAACCAUAUUUUCCUUUGCUUGCUUAUUUGGUUAAAGGGCAAAGGGGAAGCACUUCAUCCAUGCAGCUGAUGGUAAUGGAGCUGAAGAUAAAAUCACAAAAGCAAUUUUGAAUCGUUUCCCAACCUAGAGCUCUUGACCCCAUCGAUUUCCUACAUUCUUUCACAUCAAAGAUAGAUUUUGUAAAGUUUCGGUGAGGUUUGCCAAAGUGCCUGCAUUACUGUUCUAUUGAUGCUUCCACCACCAUGUUUCACUCUCGAUGCUUAUCGUCUUGUGAGCACUUUUUUUUCCUCCUCAUUUGCUCUCCCAGAAAUGUUUUUCAGAUGAACUUUUAUAGACAUGAGACAUGUAGCAAUAUUUAUUUUCCUUUAUUAAAACCUGUCUAUGUUCAGUAUGUUGUUUUUUUCUAUAGUGGACACACGGAGUGAAGAUUAAAGCAACUUCUAGAGUAA